AGACUCCUAGAGAGAGAGAGACUCCUAGAGAGAGAAAAACAGAUAUGUCAGACGUCAAAAACACCACCUCCAGUGAAAAUGAAAAUCCGUACGUAGUAGAAGAAAUCAAUGGCAAACUGAAGUUGUUCAGCGAUGGCUCCAUAAUCCGCUACCUAAGAUCGAUCAACCCCACCCCCAAACUCCCAUUAGAUGACGCUAAGUACCCCACAAUCUCCCCGUUUGACUUCGAAUACGACCCGACCCACAACCUCUAUCUCCGGGUCUACCGUGAUGAAUUCCGUCUCUACACACCCUACGUAGAUGGACCCUUCGGUAACCCAACCAUCAUAAUCUACCUUCACGGCGGUGGCUUCUGCCUCGACUCUCUUAUCAUGGCUGCCAACCACAAUUUCUGCAUCCGCCUUUGCAAUGCUCUAGCCGAAUUUGUCAUCUCAGUCGACUACCGCCUCGCUCCCGAUGACCGGCUACCGGCUGCCGUUGAUGACGUGUGGACUGCACUUAAGUGGGUCCGAGAAACUUUUUGUGAAGGAGAGAACCGCAAAGGGUUUGGUCGAGUGGUUAUAUUUGGUGACUCAGCCGGAGGGAAUAUAGCCCAUAAUUUGGCGGUUCGGAUUGCGAGUGGCGGUUGGAGAGAGUUGGACCCGAUUCGGGUUGUUGGGUAUGUGUUGUUGGCUCCUCUGUUUGGUGGUGGUGCAACUGUGCAAGGACUAAGUCGGAGUUACAAGGUUCUACUCACACUUACAAUUUGGAUAUCAUUGACAAGUACUGGAGACUAGCCAUACCAAUUGGAGAGACAACUGAUUACCCCUUGGUGAACCCAUUUGGGCCAAGAAGCCCCAAUCUAGAGCAGAUCUUGAGUUGCUCAACAGCAACAAACAAAAGAUGUUCUAGAAAGCGAAGGAAGAAAGAUGAAGCAGAGAAGAAGGUUGGGCUGGGUCCUAUGCUGGUCAUGGUGGGUGGAAAAGAUCUUCUGAGAGACAGAGUCAAAGAUUACGCAGACAGGAUAAGCAAGUUAGGGGGGAGUAAGGUUGAGUAUUUUAUGUUUGAAGGUCUGGAGCAUGGCUUCUUGGCUAACAAUUCUAACCCAGAACCAGCAAAUCUGCUUAUAAGCUUAACCAAGAAGUUUAUCAGAGGAAUCAUCGAAGAGGAAUCCGACUGUGGUUAGAGUUGUACGUGUUUUAAAACUCUCAGUAGCAAUCAGUAGAAUCUGUGUAAUUAAUUAAUUAAAGCUUUGGAUUUAUGUCAUUUUAGCUUCAAGUGUUUUUUCUUAUGAAAUAUGUUAACUACAUGGGCAUAGUAUAAUUCCUAGGACUUUUAAUUGGAGUUUGAGAAGAUUUGUGUUUGAAUAAUUGAAAUAACAUUAAACCAUCAAUUAUUUCAGAAA